AUGCUUGGAUUAGACUCCCCUCAGAUACACCAGGAAUUUGGACUUGAUGGGUGCAGGAACUUGACCCAUGUAGUACUGCACUGCCUCUAUCACAGAAGAGACUCCAUUGGAAUAGGAACUGGCCCCAGGGGUCAUGUUCCCAAAUCUGCCCCAGUGUUUCCUCAAUGGCUCCACAACUUUCCUCAGGUCAUCCAUAAAAUUGCCGUGCAAGUCGCGCAGAGCAUCGUAGGUUUCCACGUAGAUAUCAAACCGUUUCAAGAACACAGAAAGCAUGGCUGUGGUCAGACCUCGGAUCUUCUCAUAGUAACUCUCAAAGGACUCCUUCACCAAUGGUGCUUCAUACCUCAGCAUCUCUUCAUUCGCAAAACCACAGAGCCAACUGCUGCUCAUUCAUGCCAUUGGUCAUGUAACCACAUCUUGACCCUGGAGCAAAAGUUCCAGAUUUCAGUGAUUCUGCAUGCAGGGCUGCAUCAGGACACAAGUCACCAAGUGCUGCGAUUAACUUUCAAGAAUGAACAAGCGGGGAAUAAAUUAUUCCGGGAACUUAAUUCAAAAUUGAAAAAACCGGAUUUGGAUGUUUGGAGGAGAACCAAACGCGAGGCGGACAUUUUGGUGCCACCAGAUCACUUUUCCAAAUUGAGGGAAAUUUUUUUACGUCUUUCCGUCACUUGGAAAACACUGAUUCAAGACGUCGAACGAGAAAAGUCAUCCCAGUGCAACAAAAGGAAUUCCCAAUUUGACUUGAACACUUACAACAAGUACAAUAAGAUCCAUGCCUGGCUAGAUAUUGUGGCAGCUGCUCAUCCCUCAGCAACAUCAACAGUGAUUGGGAAAUCCUUUGAAGGAAGGGAAAUCAAAGUCAUCAAGAUCAACACUGCUGGAGCCAAAAAUGUCAUUGGAAGGGAAGAAAGUACAUUCGCGCGGAUUAAUCAUCACGUGACCAUUUCUUAG